AUGUUUAUUUAUUUAUAAUUAAUUUUCACACUAGCUAGAGCAUAUAUAUAUGAGUAUGAUGUGACUUCCUUCUAUGAAGAUCUGAUUAAAACCAAGAUAUCAUUUUUAUGUGAGUCUGGGAGAGUAACAUUGGAUAAUGGAUUCUAUACAUAUUAGAUAUUUUUGAAAGAAAACCAUACGGAUUAUAAUUAAUUUACAGACACUGAUCAAUUAUGGGUGAUGUUAAAAAAUAAUGGUUGCUCCUCAAUAUUGCAUGCUUAUGAUAAAUAUGGUCCAUUUACCUUAAAAAAUGGAUCACUAGAUUUACAUCCAUACUCUUAUAAUAAAUUUGUAAGUGUACUUUAUAUUGACUAACCUUUUGGAGUUGGUUAUUCUUCAGGUAGUGGUGAAAAGAACGGAUUUGCCAUAAAUAUUUUAGAAUUCAUACAGGAAUUUGUAUGGAAAAAAGGAAUAAACAACAUGAAAGUAAUGUUAUAUGGAAGAGAAUAUGUGGCAUCACUAUUCUCAAAAAUAAUUGAAUAUUCAGUUGGAUAUAAAGUAAACAUCGAUGGUAUCAUACUCGAAAAUGCAUGGGUAAGUCCAAUUCAUUAGAUUGGAUAUUAUGGAUCAUUUUUAUAUUAAUCGGGUCUUAUAGAUGAUCAAAGAAGAGAUGAAAUUUAUUAUAAUACUACAUAAAUUUAGGUAUAAAUAUUGAAUUAGAAUUUUACUAAUAUCACUAAACUGAGAGCAUUGAUAAAUCAAAGUCAAAGUGAACUUGAAUUAAUAGAAAAUAAUGAGAAUAACUAAUUAGAGAACAUAAUACAAUUUAUUAAGAAUCAUUCAUUAUAAUUAUAUGAAAUUUCGAUUGAUAAUGAAUUUAAAUAUUGUAAUGAAACUCAACAUGAAAAUGCUCAGUUAUUACUUCUAAAUUCUUAAUUAAAUGACAUAGAAAUGAUUUUGAAUAAGUAGAAAGAGGUUUUCGUUCUGGCUAAACAAAUAUCAUUUACAGUUACAACUCCAGGUAUUGUGACUUGGAUUACUUAAAUGAGGUGGUAACAUAUAAUGAAAUGGAGAAUGAGUGAGAAAAGAUUUAUCCUAGAACAAAAUUAUGAUAAAGAUAAGAAUACUACUACAAACAAAACAGUUGGAUAUAUCAAGUAAUUUGAUAAAUUAAAAUAUAUUGUCGCAUAUGAUGAGUAAUUUAAAUUAUUGAAAUAAAUUAUUAUUGAUAAUUGA